AUGGAGGUUGCUCACCAAGUAUUAAAAGGUCGCAUUGAUAUGGCUGUGUUCAUUCCAUUGCUCUACACCCAAAUCUCUCAUUUUCUCCCACCCAACUAUCGAAGAAUGGUGUCGAUUGAGAUUUUGAGCCGGCUCGCAUUUCUGCUGUCAAUCCCUGUUCAGUUAAUUGAGGUCUUCGCUGCUCACAUCAUGGAGGUGUUCCGCGAUCCGAUGAAUAUUCAGAGACUUAUUAAUCAAGCUGUUUAUCGGGAUAUUAUCGAUAUGUACUUGACGUGGUCUCGAGCCAAUCGCAAUAGUCGAGAAUACACAGAAACCGUUUUGCAAACGCUUUAUCAUCACUUGUUUCAAGCGCACAUUCUACAAACAAUCAAUAAUAACAUUCCAACUAAUCCAAUCGUUCUGCCGGAUAUUGUUGAGGAUCCAGCACCAGCUCCAGUUGCGAGGAAUCCGAUAUUCAACGUAAUUCAACUCGUUCCAACAGCCAUUUCAACUCCACAAAUUGAUCGCCAACCGUCUCUCAAUGUGAUAAAUUUCUCGAUUGCGGAACUGAUCAGAAACGAUCAGUCUAAUCAACACCAGCUGGCAAGUCGCCAAGAACCCGCUUCCCUCCAGCAACUAUCGGUUCCGGCUCCAGCUCCGGUUCCAACAAUCGCUAUUGGAAAUACGCUGCCGAUUACUGGGGAGCGGGAAUGGGCUCAUCCCGCUGAUAAUGCAUCGCCAGCUUUUGACAUGAACACAGUUGAGACUCAAACAACUAAGGAGAAACAAAGGAUUACUGUAACUCGUCCAACUCUCCAUGCCAAUAAUGAGAAGUCACCAGUUCGGCCUCCUCCAACUGACAAUAAUAUAUUUUCAUCUUCAAUUCAACAACAAUCGCCAGUUUUGGCCAACAAGCAACUGGAAGCUCAACGUCAACUUGUAAAAAGAACUAGACAACAUUUGCGUGUGAAUGAAGACAGUUUGGCAACUCCGAAGAAAUUGCUUCGCAACGAUUCGUCAAAUUCAGAACAAGAGUUGAGAACAACGGAACGACAAGCUGCCCUUCCGCUGCUACACACGAAAGUGAGCAGACCGCAAUUGCCAGCUAUGCAGCAUCUUUCACCACCACUUCAAUCGUUAUCUGAACGACAAUUUGAAGAAUCUCAGCAAGCGGCCGAUCAGAAUCCUUAUUCGCAUGUACCUGCUAGAACUGCACAACCAACCGCAGUGGUGCGACCAAAUCCUUUGAUGAAAAUUGUCUCGAGACCCCAUAAUUGUUAUCAUUCGUCAGUAGUUGUGCGACCACCCAGCCCGGAGCAAAUUGAGAAUAACGAUAGCCCACCCCCGGAGCCAAUUAAUAAGGACUCAAACGGAAUGGUUCGAUUUGCAUUGCGGAAUCAAUCGAAUUUUGCGGCAACGUGUCCACAGAACAAUGAAGUUGCCGCGGUGACAUCACAGGAAACCACGGUGGUUCAACGCAAUCCCUAUUACAAGCCGAAUGCCAUUCGAAACCGACAAACCGAGACGGGAAAAGCUGAAUCGGCUUCUCGGAGAAGGAAAGCUGAUACACCCAUGCGAUUGCACAUUAUGCCAAUAACCAGCGAUGAUAUUAACACCGACAUAUUCUCGAGAACGUCGGUUCCACCAUCGCCAAUUCCUUCGGUGGCCCAAAUUGUCAGCACCGUUAUGACUGCUGCGUCUCAGAUGCCGAUGCAAAUUGGAAGUCCGGAAUCACCGAGAAUGAAUUGGGCGGAUGUGCCAAGCACUUCAGGAGCUGGCUCGCAAAGCCAGCCAAUCUCCAACAAUGCUCACUCAGGAGUCGGCAAUUCAUCAAUCGCCAGCGUUUCGUCUCCAGUUCAAACAAAAGCCCUACACGCAUAUCAAUUCGCGUUCAUCGUCGACAUUUGCUGGAUCUCGCCGUUCAACGACUUCUCAUUCCUCGCCAAGCUCAAGAUCAAAUUGUACUUCUUUGCCGACCUCUGCUCGUCCCAGUCAAUCCCACCGUUCGCCGUCCCAAAGCACCUUGAGUACAUCAACUCGUCUAUCUGCUCCGACCAGCCUUUCGCACCGUUCGUCGUCCCAAAGCACCUUGAGUACAUCAACCCGCCUGUCUGCUCCGACGAAGUCUCCUCUCAGCAAAUCCCAUCGUUCGCCAUCCCAAAGCACCCCGUUCGCACCGUUCGCCGUCUCAGUGUUCUUCAUCAAGCCCGAACUCUUCCAACCAAUCAGUUUUGUCUUCUGCUUCGUCCAUUCGAUCACGCCGUUCAAAUGCACAGAAUUCCUCGACUCCUAACAGAUCUGGCCAAAUCGUCGCAAAAGGAACAAUUGAAUGUUCGAACCACAUCGCAAACGUCAAACCAAAGCAGAACUCGGCCGUUCCCCAAAUCAUCGGUGAAUGUCGCAUUUGAUCUUCCCAAAAAUACGGAUAAGCAAAUUGACAGUCAAGUUUGCGGAGAAACGCCAAAUAUUCAAGCGGAAAUUGAUGCCCUGGCUAAUGGAAAAUCCUGCGAAGCAACUCUUCUACAAAUGGUCAUGAAGAAAGCGAUGGAUAGUAUUCAAGGCGUACCAAAAAUUGGCGAAAGGAAAUUCUAUCUGCUGGAUGUGCUCGAACAAGCGUUCACUAAAUCUCUGAAAGGAAUCUAUGGAUCAGCAUAUUCAAUUUUCUCACAGGAAUUGAAUGUCGAAAGUGCUGAAAAGCAAAAAGAUUAUAUCGAUAAAAGAGGUUAUUACCGAAACGCUGGAAUUUUCCAGCCUGAUAAGGUUGUAAAUGUGCAAAGUGAGCCAGUGUAUCGCGACAUGGCCAAUAUUUUCAUAAAUGGGAAACGUUUGGAGAGGGAACUUCACCCAAAGAUGGACGACACGGCAGAACCGCACAAUUUUAUGAAAUACCAGCCCGGAUCGCUCGUAUGGGUGAAGUGGAACGAUGGCCACAGAUACCCCGCAAUAGUUGAAAAAAUUGAAGUAGUGUUUAUGGACGGGCAGUCGUCAUUGCAAGCAUACAACUCGGUUUAUCCAUUUGAACUAUGCUUUGGCAAAUGUUUUGAAUUUGUGAAGUCAAGAGAAGAUGAGGAUAACAAAAUUUUGGACUUGAUCGUGGCAACCGGAAGAAUUGGUUAUUUUGAAGAAUAUAUUACUGUCGAUCAAUUUCGCCGACUCGAGCAAAAAGGAUGGAAUUUCGACUAUCUUCCGGAAAUGGUCAAAUUGUUCAUGAAAAAUCCGUCGCUUCCCAAUCCGCUCGUGUUGGCUGAAACAUUCAUCAAGGCUUCGACAAAUAAUGAUGCUGUCAUCCACUUUGACGAUAUGAAAAUUGCAAAGAUGAACAAGGAGAGGCUCUUUGCUAAAUAUUGGGAAAAUGUCCGCAUGAACGCCAUUCUGUACGCCUGGAAAGUCGAAAAGAAAAGCCCUCUGAUUGUCAACAUGUCAAACCGAAUGUCUAGAUUCUUGAGUCAGUUCGAGCAGUUCCAUCAGAUGCCGCAGACGCCGGGAAAAGCGCCUCCUGCAAAGAAGUCGGAUGAAGACGCGCUUCCAUUGUCGCCGGAAGAAGAGCAGCAACAACCGAAGAAGCGUCGUCAUGAGACGUCUGAGGCUGUUGAUACGCGACCGAAACGAGCGAGAGUGAGCCCGAAAAAAUAUGUCGACUAA